UACUCUCCCAAGUGCUCAGUACAGUGCCCCGCACAUAGUAAGUGCUCAACAAAUACGAUUGAUUGAUUGAUCAUCUUUUGAGAAAGCAGUUCCUCUUCCUCUGUUUCAGCUCAAUCAACUUCACAGGUCCAGAGAGGGCUCCUGCCUUCUCCCUCUUGUGGAGGGUUCCAUGGUCUAAUUCCCAGAGGGGCAUGAGCCACGUCAGCCAGUCCUGAGAAUUCCAGGCCCUAGUCCCCAUUUCCCUGCCACAUGGGGUCCCAGCGGCCCAGCUGGGCUCGGUGCGGGGGCUGCCCGAGGUCGUGCACCGGUUCUCCCGCUCAACUCUGCUCUUGGAGCCGAUUUCCCAUCACAAUCUUGGGUCCCACCACAGAGGAACUAUCCCUCACCUGUGGCCCAGCCCCUCCCUGCCUCCUCCCCCUCCUCCGCCCUAGGAAGGGGUCAAAUCCCACGGGGAUGGAACUGAACCAUUCGCUUCUGCUGUAAAAGGGAAGUCAGAAGCUCUUCUGCUGAAACAGUUUCACCGGUCGGCCAGCGGAGGGGAAGAAGUCCUUUUCAUCACCCACAGACUCAUUUCUCAGAGACCGACCGGCUCCUGCCGCCCAGCCGCCGGCCCAGACCCUGCCUGGCUGAGGGACGGGUGUUUAGGGCUUGAAUGGGAGAAGCCGGAACGUAGCAGGCUCCAGAAGCCCUCUGAGCGCCCCGCCCCAAACCCUCCGGUCCUUGAGUAGAGCAGAGCAUAAAGCCUCCCCGCCCCCCGCCGGAUGGGGCCACGGCGGGACCCCUGAGGCCCGGAGCCAGGACCAAACCGUGCUGCUGGAGCCAUGCUUAGCUCCAUCAAAUGCGUGCUGGUUGGGGACGCCGCUGUGGGGAAGACCUCGCUUCUGGUCCGCUUCACCUCCGAGACCUUCCCCGACACAUACAAGCCCACGGUGUACGAGAACACGGGGGUGGACGUCUUCAUGGAUGGCAUCCAGAUCAGCCUGGGCCUCUGGGACACUGCCGGCAACGACGCCUUCAAGAGCAUCCGACCCCUGUCCUACCAACAGGCGGAUGUGGUGCUCAUGUGCUACUCCGUGGCCAACCACGGUUCGUUCCUCAACCUGAGGAACAAGUGGAUCAGCGAGGUCCGGAGCGCCCUGCCCUGCACCCCGGUGCUCGUGGUGGCCACGCAGACUGACCAGCGGGAGGUGGGGCCCCACCGCGCGGCCUGCAUCAGCCCAGCCGAUGGCAAGCGGCUGGCCCAGGAUGUCCGGGCCAAGGGCUACUUGGAGUGCUCGGCUCUGAGCAACAGGGGAGUGCAGCAGGUGUUCGAGUGCGCCGUCCGGACGGCCGUCAACCAGGCCAAGAAGCAGAGGCGGAGGAAGCUCUUCUCCAUCAACGAGUGCCGGAUCUUUUAGGGUUAUGCCCUCUCGGCCCCUCUGCCCUCAGACCUUCAGGCUGACUGGACUUUAUCCUUCGGCCGAACCUGGGGGUCUAUUAAAGGCCCCACGGUCUCGACUUGGGUGCUACUCCAAUGACUCCUGUGCACCUGGCCCUGGGCUUCUCCAGAGGGUGGGACUUUACUGAUCUGGACCCGCCAUGUAGGGCCGAAGGGUCCCGUGACCGUCCUUCUCUCAACCCCAGGCUUCUGCUCCCCAUUUGGCCCCAGGCCAGACUCCUUUCCUGGAAGCGGAUUUGACCCGAACUGUGAUACACCCCUAUGGUGCUCACCCCUGUCACUCGUGCUGACGGGUCGCACCUGCUGAUGUUACACGGAGGAAGACACUCUUAUCAUUAAUAUUAUUGUUAUUGUUAUUAUUAUGGUACUUGCUAAGCGCUUACUAUAUGUCAAGCACUGAUCUAAGCUCCGGGGUCGAAGCUUGAAUCUGGGAGGAUUCUGGAAUACUUUGUAUUCCAUGACUUUCAGCAGCCCCCUGCCCAUCGGAGGCAAAAUUCCUGAUGUUCAUGCUCAGGUUCUGCUGGAAGUCCCUUUUACAGACAGGGCAACUGAGGGUCAGAAAGGUCCACAGGCUACCUAGAACCCACCCAGCUAUACCCUGGAGCUGGAUUCAGUUCUCCAUUUCUGGCUGGAUGUUUUAAUACCUUUAACCUCUGUGAUCCUUGGGCUCCACGAUCCUAACUCUGGGAUAGGAGUCCUGCUCUUUGGGCUGAAAUGAUCUCAUUAAUCUGCACGUUGUGGCCAGCUUGUUGUGCUCACUGGAGCCCUAAGGCAAAUUUUGGUGUGUGGGGAAUGUAAUGAUUUACACUUCAAGCCCAGGCCCUGUCAUCAAACCAGUAAUGGACAGAGGGAUUGUUUGGGCCAUUCAAGUGUCAUCAUCUCUUACCAAUCACCCAGCAGCCCUUGCCUGAAGUCCAUUUCCUUGGGCCCAAAAGUCCAUUGCCCAGUGUUCUUUUAAUCAAUCAAUUAAUGGUAUUUAUUGAGUGCUUACUGUGUGCAGAGCACUGUACUAAGCAUUUAGGAGA